AGGAAGAAGAUAGGAAACCUGUCAAACGCAUUGAGGAUGACUCCAUCAAAUCUCAACCUCUCCCUUCUGACCAGGCUGUUAAGCAUCUUUAUAAAAGCCUUCUCCUGGACUACAAAGACUUUGUAGAUGGCUGGUGGAUAAACAAUGCUCUCCAUUUAUGGAGUGCUGAAAAGCUUGAUAAUGCUUCUGUUAAGCAUUAUUUCCGCAACUAUCCUUCAGCUUCCAUCGAGUGGACCUCAUCUAAUGAAUGCAAUAUAACCUGGCUUGACAGGACCAGUGCUAUUAGAGCCCUGCUUGGACUCUCAUGUCCAAUACAAUAUACUGAGCCUGCCGCGCCACAUUUACCUCCUUCUCCUCCACGACCUCCUACUCGACGUCACAAUAUUACUAAGGAUGGCUUGGAUGACGCAUCUCAAACAGACACUCUUCAAUCAAAGAAAAAACUCAAGAAGAACAAAGCCAAGAAAUCGGCCACUUCUGGUAGCUCCAACAGCAGCAGCAGCAGUUCUGAUAGUGAUAGCAGCAGCUCAUCUAGUGACUCUUCUAGCAGUGACAGUGAUUCAUCAGAUAGCGAUUCCGACACCAGUAGUGACUCAGACUCAAGUAGCAGCACUGAUUCUGAUUCCUCUGACUCUGAUAAAGUAAAGGCUAAAAAGAUGAAGAAAACGGCAAAAGCAGCAAAAAAGAAGACUGAAGAAAUGGAGGUGGAUGACAGCAGUCACAGGGAUUUGGCUUCCUCUGCCAAAGAGGAUCCAGACUUGUCUGAUGAGACGGUGGGUGUGAGAGUGAGUGACAUACCUGUCAGUGGUCCACUACCAAAGGGACGAUGGCGGUUAGGUGUGCCUUGCCCCACAACAACUGCUAUUUUGCUGCGCUUUGCUAACAAAGAUGAUCUUGAAAAGGCUCAACAAAUGAGGUGGAGGAUGCAGGAUUCAGGUCAAGAUAUGAAAUCUACAGUAAGGGAAUCACACGACUCUAGAGAGCCACACAAGAAGAGCAGACGAGGGGUACCCAGUGCAGUGGAAGCAGAGAGAGGUUUUGCAGCAAGUCCUGAGGAGAGGAGAAUUAGACGUGUUAAGAGAAGCCACCAUGCCGGAGUGAAAGCAAGAUUAUCAGGUCCUAAGCUUGGCUUGCCUGUGAUGCAUCCACCUGGAACAGCGAUGCCACUAUACUUGCCACCUCGCCCUGAGGCUUACCUGCCGCCACUGCCCCCUGGCGUAGAGCGCACCUACAGAGAUUUAGACGACCCUGUGGUGGAAGCUGUGGACAGUAAAGACCCUUGGGGUAGUCUGGCUCAAAAUUGGGGCAAGAGAGAGACCGGGCCUUCGCUGGACUACCAGGCUCUGCUGAAGAGUCAUAGGCACGCGCUUCAGGGAACUAAACGCAAACGAGAUCCGGACGAUGAUUCCGGCUACGAUGGAGCUCGUCAUAAUCCACGUAAUUUGGGCCGGUCUCGACACGUGCCAACCGCCGCCAGACGCGCUGGCGACCAUCGCUAUGAAGACUCUGGAGGUGACGAUCGUCACCGAUCAGACGAAGAUGAUGAUGGGUCGAGUCAAAGCGAUGCUAGUGAUGACGUUGUUGCGUGGAACGCCAAAAUUAAGCUACCUCGGAUGAAAAUGUAUGCUGAUGUUGAAGAGAAAAGAAGGAAAGUUCACCCAAAACGACAAAUGGAAGUUCGUGAGGAUGCGCAGUGGGAUCUACCGAAACGAGACGAAGGUCUUCCAAGAAAGCCAAAAGGAAGCAUUUUCUCCAGACUUGGAGGAGGCGAUGGCCUCGGGCGCCAUGUUCCUCCUGAGAAUUUUAGAGAGCGAGAAUUUGUGGCUCGUGGAGACUGGGCAGGAGAAGCUGAGCGGCCGAGCAAACGCUACCGAGCAGAGAACCACGAGCCGCGGGGUGCGGGUGGCAUGCGCUCAGAAGUCAAGACUGUGCGCAGCAUAAAGGCUAGGCUGGGUGGAGGUGUACGCCACUAUUGAAUACGAACUUUGGGUGAUAUUUUUCCCCUUGCAGGUGUGAUCCGUUCUAACUCUCAGAAAAGGUUGUGCCUCGGCAAGAUUAUCAUUUGAACGGUGUUGUCAAAGUGAGGAAUUAGUGUUGCAUUUUGUUACCUAACAAAUUCGAGGAAUCGUGUAAUAACCUGGCGUUGCGGUUUGUCCCAGGAGAAAAAUGUAUUUAUACGACUUUGUAAAAUACAGUAAUUAGUUCAUGAACCUAACCCCUGAGUGUGUAAAACUUACAGCGGAGUGUAAGGCAUUACUGUAGUGAUGUGUCUAGCAUGUCAUGACCACUCAUGGCUGACCAACUUUAUUGGGUUACGUACCAAUUGACUGCUGCGAUUUCUCAAAGUGAGGCGUCAACCGAGAAUUCGCUAGUUGGAAACAAAUGGCUUUUUUUUUUUUUUGCUUUCUUGGAAACACAUUCGUUUCUCUCGUUUGAUCCUACGAUUAAGUGCAACGCUCUCGUAUUAUCUUCGUCGAACCAGUGAAGUUAUAAUUAGAUUUAUUGCUGAACGUGUAGAUUUAUAUACCGAAUAUCUUGAAUUAACGAGUUUUAUGUGCGAUUUCGUGGGCGACCGUGAAGCUGUUCUUAUGUGAGGCGGAUCUACUUUUACCGAAAUUUCUACUGAGAUAUGGCAAUUCAACUCGUAAAAAAGAUCCGAUUUUUAUCGUUUAAUAUUAGCAAAUUACCUCUGACAUGGCUAUUACAAUGUCAAAAUCGAUUCACCAUAUCGCACCAUCAAAGAAAUUUUCUUUUUAUGUUUAGUAGCCUUGCAAUGAGCGUUCGCAAGAUUGGAUUUCUUUUUGUAUUCGUUCCACGACACUACCGUAUUCUGCGAGCGAGGUGUGAAAAUUUCUGCUGUUAUAUGCCUAUAUUGGGGGCGCAUGCAUCAAUUUAUUUUUAUUCUCGACCGUAUUGCAUGUGGCGAGUGGUUAUCGUUUGCAGGGCAUUCUCACUUGUAGAAGAAUUUGUAUUGAAGUUACAGCGUAUUUUAGGUCUUCGACACGAGCUUGCUCGAACUUGGGGGAACAUUUGUCGGGGCUCUUUCGUAUUUUUAUUUCAUCUAUUCUGAUCGAAUUGGGUGCCAUUACGGGUUAUGAUGUAAGUUGCUUUUUGCAAUAGCUAUGUUUUACCAUCAUUGUGACAGCACGAUAGAUAGAAGUUAUCUUUCGAAUUGUAGCCUAGUAGUAUAACAAUUCUGAUAAUUUUUUUCAAAUUUAGUAAACUAUUAGAUACUUAAAUGAUUGGAAAUUUCUACAACAUGGCGCUUGAUGUUCACGUUUGUAGUAUUAAGGCAUUCAAGUGAACACUGUUUGAAAGUGGGCUUGUUGUGGUUUAGUAAAAUGUUCUUGCUGUGGCUAUUUAUAAUUACGAAAAGCGAAUUUAUGGCGGAAGCCGCGGAACGAUGAUUAUUAAGUUAAUAAUAAUGUGGAUUCACA